CCCUCAACCCGUGCUUUUACAAGUUGUCGCUGUCGUGAGUAAGGUUAUGUUAUUAUUAGGUUGUAAAAUAGUAUGGACAUAUGAAGUAACAAUAAAUCCUUCUUAUUUCAAAUAAAAUGGAGAUUAUGCACAAGGUUGUGCAGCAAAUACUGAGUAAUUGGACUGGCUUAAGGUUAUCAGUUGAACAUUCUAUGGGAGGCCCAAACAGUAAACAGGUUGCAAUCCAAUGUAUUGAAGAGGUAUCUGAAUUUUGUAUUCAAGAAAAAGAUUUAGAUGUAGAAUGUAUAGAAGAUUUUUUAGAAGAUAUUAUCGACGAAAAAUUUAAUACAAUUUUUGAAGAUGGUUCCCCAAAAGAAAUAGCAACGAUUCUUUUCAAAUUUGUUGAGUUACUAAGAAGUGGUAACAUACAGCAAUGUGAAGAGGAAUUUAAUAAAUUACCAACUUCCGAUAGUAAUUGGUUACAACAUACUCGGAUACAAAAUCCACGGGCCAAUAGUGAUUCAUCUAGUGAUGAUAAUGAGAUAGAAAUGUCUGAAGAACCGAAGGAGGAUGGAUGGACAGUGGUACAAACUCGAAGGAAAAAACACUAAUGGAUUUUAUCAAUAAACAAUUAUUUUUAAGUUUAUAAUUAACACGGAUCUACAUUUGUUAUUAAAUAAAUAUUGGUU